CAUUGUUCUAGUCAGAGUCAUUAGUCCUGCACAUUAUCAGUAAAGGUGUUUCACAGUGUAAAAUGUUUGUGUCUAACGUAUUUUUAGUCAUCUUUGUGAUAAUCAGAAUCGACACUGUGGAUGCACUGCAUUGUCUUAGUUGUACCGCUGUUGUCUCUCCGAGGCAUUGCCAUUCUAUACAAAAAUGUGAUCAAGGAAAGGUGUGUUUUACCCAGAGGUAUACAGGAAUAAAUGGAGAAGUUCUAUAUGACACAGGUUGUCACACCCCAUCAAUCUGCUCUAAGCGGAAGUUACCUGGAUUGUUAAAAAGCCACAACCCUGCCUAUGCCCACACAGAACAGUGUAUAGAAUGCUGUACUACUGAUGCUUGUAAUCACAAAGGCUGUGGGGGAUUAGAUUACCCAAGUAAAAGAGGUCCCCUCUGUUUUAACUGUCCUCAAUCGGUAGACCCUGCAGAUUGUAGUUCUGUCACAGUUUGUGAUGAAAACGAGAUUUGUCAUCUACGCGAGGAAGUUGAAUUUGGUGAUUCCAUUUUUGUACAAUCCUGUUCACAAAAACAUAUUUGUGACAGUGGUAGUCCAAACAUUUUCGGAAAGAGAACAACUGAACGUUGUCUGAGAUGUUGCAAUUCAGAUUUAUGUAACCUAGAAUGUAUGCCUUAUGAUUAUUGCUGA